AUGUACUCCAACUCCAAUGCUUUCAUGGGCGGCGGCAACAGCCUGCGACCAGGUCCUCAGCAGCAGUAUGGCAACUCGUUUGGAAUGGGGACUGGUCAGCAGCCUCCGCAACAGCAACAGCAACAAACCGGACAGCGGCCGAGUCCGUUCGCACCACAACCGACCGGCUUCGGGCAAGCGCCCUUGGACCAGCAGUUCACGGGCUUCCCGGGCGGCCAAGGCAUGCAGCCGCAGCCCACGGGGAUGCUUCAUCAGCAGUCUGUCCCGAAUCUACAACCUCAGUACACCGGCUUUCCUGGCCAAGCUCCUCAACAGCAGAGCUUCCAGACUGGCGCGCCGCCAAUGCCACAGAUUCCCCAGCAGUAUCAACAACAGUUUAACCAGCAGCAGCAGCAGCAGCAACAACCCCAAAAUUCUUUCUCACCGCCAACCACCCAAACUCCUUCGUCAGCAGCCUUGUCCGCGCCACCCAUUCAAUCCCAGCCGACGGGCUUCAGCGCCAUGGCCGCUUCGUUCAAGACCGGCGGCGCAUCCGACACCCAACCGAAGGGACGAAGAGCCCCAAAAACCUCAAAUAAAAUCCCCAACAUUCGAUUGUCCUUCAUCACAGCCCAGGACCAGUCCAAGUUCGAGACGCUGUUCAAGACGGCUGUUGGCGAAGGUCAAACGACCAUGUCUGGCGAGAAGGCCCGGGAUCUACUGAUGCGGUCUCGACUGGAUGGUGAUUCCUUGUCGCACAUUUGGACACUGUCCGAUACGACUCGAUCAGGCGAGCUACACUUUCCCGAAUUUGCCCUCGCCAUGUACCUUUGCAACUUGAAAAUGGUUGGCAAGCCAAUGCCAGGGAGCCUGCCGGAGAAUAUCAAGAACGAGGUUUCGAGCAUGGUGGACAUCAUCAACUUUAGCAUUGCGGAGGAAGCGGCUUCUGGGGGGGCCACAAAUGCGCCAGACUUUACAGGACACAACACUUCUACUCCAACGAUACAACACCCGCAGCCUCAAGCGUCCAAUGCCCAGCUACUACAGAACCAGAUGACGGGAUUCCCAAGUCAGCCAACCGGCUUUCCUGGUCAACAGCAAGGCAUGCAGCCUCAACAGACUGGGUUUCUGGGUGGCAUGAACAACCCGCAAGCGACUGGAUACAACGGCCCCAUGCCACCAAUGCCGCCGAUGCCCACAGGCUUUCCGGGAGGCAUAUCUGCUCCAACCGCAGCUCCUCUGAACGCCCAGCCAACCGGUAGACCGGGCCAAUGGGGUCUGGUGAAUGCUCCCGCAUCUGGGCUGCCCAAUAUCGAUGCAUUACAAGCUCGUAUGAUGCCCCAAUCCGGCCGCGAGCAGCAUAAUUACACCACAGCUGGUCUGUCUGGCAAUGCUGUUAUUCCUUGGGCUAUUACCAAAGACGAGAAGACACGGUACGAUCAGUUGUUCCGAGCUUGGGACGGCCUCGGGAAGGGCUACAUCGGAGGAGACCAGGCAAUUGAGAUCAUGGGACAAAGUGGAUUAGACAAGACUGAUCUUGAGCGUAUAUGGACGCUUGCCGACAACGGUAACAAGGGCCGUCUGAAUCUCGACGAGUUUGCUGUGGGUAUGCAUCUAAUCUACCGAAAGCUCAAUGGGUACCCCAUCCCGAAUACGCUGCCGGCGGAACUUGUGCCACCUUCCACGAGGAACUUCACCGAAUCACUUGGCACCAUCAAAAACAUGUUGAAUCAGGAGUCGGACUUCCGCAAGACAUCAGGGGCUUCCUUGCUUCCCCAAAAGACAGGCGUCAGUUACAUGAAGAGCCAUUCGUUCAAGGCCGGCGGCUUGGGUGGUGGGCGAAAAGAUGCGACCGUGUUCAAAAACAAUGACGAUGAUGUUGGUUAUAGAUCCAGUGCGCGUCGUAAGGUUGGCCAUUCAUCGCCUCGCCCAGAAUCUCCUGCCCCCAGUGAGGAGCUUUCCGUGGAUCAGUUGAGGAAGAAGAUUCGAGAAAAGCAGGUCUUGUUGGAUGCUAUGGACUUCAAAGAUGAAGCAGCAGCUGAGGAGGACGACGCUCUCGACAGGCGUGACCGACGCGAAGCUGAUGAGUUGUACCGCCGAAUUCGUCGAAUUCAAGACGACAUCGAUGGUCAUCCUGAUGCUGCCCUUGCCAGCGGUGACUCUGAAGCUGAGCGAAGAGCUCUGAAGCGGCAACUGCAGAACCUUACCGACAAGAUUCCUGAGCUAGCAUCUCAGGUUAGAAAAACCGAGAAGGCUAUUGCUGACGCAAAGUUGGAGCUCUUCCGGCUGAAGGAUGCCAAGGCUCGCCCUGGAAGCGCUUCUGCCAUCAUUGGUACAGGGCCAGGCGGUACAGUCACCGAAUCAGACCGUCUCAAGGCUAGAGCCAAGGCGAUGAUGCAACAAAGAACUGCCGCCUUGACGGGCAAAAAAGUGGAUGUCAGUGGCGAUGACACUGACGCGCCGAAGCGUCUGGAAGAGGAGAACCUUAAGAUCAGGACCGAGAAAGAAAACAACGAGCGGAUGGUCCGAGAUGUUGAGGACAGUGUCAGAGAUUUCUCUCGAGGCAUUGAAGACAACCUGAAAGAGGGUGGUCAAACCUCUGCAAAUGAACACGAGAAACGGAGAUGGGAGGACGCCCUUGGUGUCGAGGAUGACGUUCGCGACUUUAUUUUUGACUUGCAACGCUCCAGUCGGGCUGCCCGCGUUAGGACACAGGAUCGAAGUGGUGGACGCGCCCCCACUUCUGAGCCAGUCAGAGCAGAGGCUCCGACAUCACGUUUCGAGAGCCCCUCGUCGGCAGCUCGCACUGCUACGCCGCCGACUACCCAGUCUCCCGCACCUAGCGGUGGCUCAUACUCUUCAUACAAGACUCCUGAGGAGAGAGCUGCUUUUAUUAAGCAGCAAGCCGAGCAACGUAUGGCUGAACGUCUCGCGGCGCUUGGAAUCAAGGCUCCUUCGAAACCUGGAGAGACUGCUGCUCAGCGAAUGGAGCGUGAGAGGUCUGAACGUGCUGCGAAGCUUCGUCAAGCCGAAGAAGAAGACGCCAGACGUGAGACUGAACGCCAGGCAAGGAUUGCGGAAGAACAAGGAGUACCGCCUCCUGCCGCUAAGGCGGAGGCUAAGAAACCGCCUCCUCCGCCUUCAAGGAAGAGCGGUAAAAACGAGGACACUGCGAAGAAGGCCGAAGAAGAUGAAGCGACGAAGAGAGCCGAAGCGGAACUUAUUGCGAAAGAACAGGAGGCGCAACACCUAGCCACGCAACAGAUGGAGUCCGAGGCCAAGGAACAAGAAGGUGAGCUUGCAAAGGAGCGUGAAGCUGCUUCUGCUCGCUUGAAGGCUUUAGAAGAGCGAGUCCGCGAGGGCAAGAUGAAGAAAGAAGAGGAGAAGAAGAAAAAGAAGGCCGCCACGGCAGAUGCCAAGGAGAAGGAAGCGAAGUUGGCUGCCCAACGAGCCGAGAUUGAAGCUGCGCGCCAAAGAGAACUUGAACUUCAGCGGCAGCUCGAGGCUAUGGAUGAUGACGAUUCUUCCUCGGAUGAUGAGGAUGGACCCCAACAUCUCACGCCGCAGGCCUCAACACCGACACUUGGCGGCAGUCAACUAGGCAGUCAGGAGCUGGAGCGCAAGGCCACUCCUCCUGCGCCGGCGCCUCCCGUUAUGUCACCACCCUCCGUUGUGACCAGCCCCCCAACGGAGACGGAGAGCCGGAACCCCUACUUCAGGAUGAUGUCGCAAUCGUCCGAGUCUUCUGCAGCGCCAUCAACAUCUGCACCAGCAGCACCCGCUGCUCCUGCGCCACCGCCUCAACCCGAGGUGUCCACCAACCCCUUCCACCGGAUGACACAAGAGACCAAGGCUGCCCCUGCUGCACCAAUGGCCCCACAGCCAACUGGUCCAGUUUCGCGGAAACGCCCUGAUACUGAUGACGAAUGGGGUUCAGACAACGAUGAAGAAGACGAAGACUCGGAUGAUGAUCGCCCAGCUGCCGGUGCUGCCCAACUAGCUUCGCUUCUCUUUGGUUCCAUGGGACCCCCUCGGCCAAUGUCAGCUACAGGCAACAAGUCCGCGACAGCUUCGCCCGCGGUAGCCUCGCCGCCUUUCAGCCCUCCCCCUGCGCCAGCGCCACCAAGUGGGGAAUCUGCAGAGUCUUCGGGCGGACCACCACCACCGCCGCCGCCGCCCAUGCCAGAAGGAAGUCCAGCAGCUCCACCGCCACCGCCUCCUAUGCCAGACUCUGGAGCACCUUCAGCACCUCCACCUCCACCGCCGCCUGCUCCAGGCAUGGCUCCGCCACCUCCUCCACCGCCGCCGCCUUCCGCUGGCGGUGCCUCUUCGGGUGGUGGUCGACCUUCUGGUUUCCUGGGUGAAAUCCAGAUGGGGAAGUCGUUAAAGAAAACACAGACAAAAGACAAGAGUACCGCAGCUGUAGCGGGACGGGUCUUGGAUUGA